UCUGAUAGUCAAUGACAUCGUUUUUUUUAAAUGUCCCUAGAGAGCGAGAGAGAUAGCACGGACCCGUGUUUCCCGAAUCCUUGUGGGGCGCACGCGAAGUGUCGGGCCAGCGGUGGCUAUCCAGUGUGCUGGUGCAUCUACUACGGGAACCCCCAGACGGGCUGCAUGGAGGGUGAAUGCGUCGAGACUCACGACUGCAGCGACGAUCGAGUGUGCAAGGAUUUCCACUGCACGGAUCCGUGUCCAGGGACGUGCGGGACGGGUGCACAAUGCAUCGUUCGGAGACACGUCCCCGCCUGCACCUGCCCCGCCGGUCACACCGGCGAUCCAUUCGAACGGUGUCGACGACUCGGCCCCGAGGAGCUGUGCGAUCCGUCGCCGUGCGGGAGAAACUCCAAGUGCGAGGUUGCAUUCCAUCUGGCCAUCUGCUCCUGCCUUCCCCAUUUCUUCGGCAACCCCGUCCAAGGGUGCAGAGCGGAGUGCGAGUCGGAUUCCGCCUGCGCACUAACCCGAGAGUGUCGACAGUACAAGUGCGUGGACCCUUGCACGGAUGCGUGCGGGGAGAACGCAGAAUGCCGUGUGGAGAACCACAAGCCCAUCUGUUCCUGCCCAAAAGGUUUCACGGGUCAUCCCUUCGAUCACUGCAGGCCCUUAAAUCCAGGUCUCUUCCUCUCUUUUUUCUUCUUCCCUCGCCUACCGUGGAGGGCGAUCGUCCUCGAGUGUGGUAAGGCAUUUCUGCGGUUUUCGCCUCGAGACCGUCACGGGGCAUCCGGGACGGGGAAAAUCUGUUCCGAGCCGUGCUGCGAUGGACACGGGCCAGAUCGAAUCGAACACCUC